AUGGACAGCAAAUCUGACCAGAUCGAAGACCAUGCGUCUAUCGAGGACAUUUACCAAGUUGCUGAGCUGGCUUCAACGUCUUCUGAAGGAUCCAUUUAUGAUGAUCCGUCCAUUCGUGCUUAUGACGAAUCUUCUAAGAUGAAGCUAUAUUUAGAAGGUUUAUAUAGUCCUGGUAGUGGAGAUAUAUGUACGAAGUUUGCGACCAUGUCUCGGAGCUCAAUGUUUUUACAUCAGUAUUAUCAAUAUCCAAGUGUUAAGGAUCCGGGAAUUGAACAGGCGUUGCUGUUUCCAGAGGGAAAAAAGAUAUAUGCAGACGAUGGUCAGGAACUUUACCUAGAUUUAUGCAAAGAAAUGGAUAUUAUGCCAGUAAGAAUGUUCCAUAGGCAACUAAAGACGAAGAGUAUCAAUUUGAAGUAUUAUGGCGUGAAUCCAGUAGGAAUAAGAGCAAUGUGCCUUGCCUUAGCCUCAAAUCGAACUGUGGAGAGUUUGGACUUAACCAGCAAUUUUUUGGAACAUCUUGAUGCAUGCUACCACUUGGGAGAACUGCUUGGCAAAAGAAGUGCUUUGAAGUCACUCAUUUUAAAUGGAUGCAAGAUUGGCUAUCGAGGUCUGCAAAGGGUUAUAGUACACCUGCACAGUCGCAUCAUGACUAUACUAGAUGUAACAGGGAAUGGUAUCCUAGAUACGGGUGUUUCGUACAUCGCUGAACAAAUCCGACAUGGAGCUAUAAUUAGAAGAUUGAAUUUGGGGCGAAAUGAUUUGUCAAGUGAAAGCUGCUCCAUAUUAGCCGAUGUUCUUGAGAUUAAGCCCGUUAUACAGUAUUUGGAUCUUUCAUGGAAUAAGUUCGUAAAGAUGAAAGGACCAUCCACAUUGUUCCGUAUUUUGUCUGUAAGUGACGUGUUGGUUGAGCUCAAUAUGGCGUGGACCAGCAUUGCAGUUGUGAGAGAACUUGGGAACUUACUGGGAAUAAAAACAUUGAAGGUGUUGAAUCUUAGCAAUAACAGAUUGGGAUCUCCUUCAGCUCACGUGUUAGCUAGUAGGCUUCACUUGGCGAAGAGUCUGCAAAUAUUGGACGUGUCAAGCAACCCAUUUACGCCAUCCGAUGCGUUGUAUUUGCUUUCGAAAAUGAGACAUAAGAAAGUCAGGUUGAAACAACUUUUGAUGGACUAUAUUUCGGUCAGCAAGGAGUUUGGCAUAGAAUUAAAUGAGAUAAAGCAGCUAAGAUCCAAGAAGAACAUGAUUGUAACCCACGGAGAUAUUCUCCGUAACUACACGCUGCCGGAACGCGAUCUGAAGGGCAUACUGAUGAAUAGACUACAUCUAGUUAUGAGCAAGAUGAAACAUAUCGAUAUUGAUAUCUUAUUAUAUUUCCUCGAACAAAAUAAAACUAAAAGUACUCUUGAAACGAGUGAGUUCGCUCGAAUCUUAAAGCAAUAUGAAGUUCCUCUAAAAGACGACUUCAUCCAGGAAUUCGUCAAAGCUUUCUCGGGAUCCAGAGCUGCGGCUAAAUUUAUCAAUUUGGACCUGGUAGUAGACUAUAUUCGGCGAUUUUUUCCGGAUAAGAAGCUACCCCCGACGCCACCGGCAACUGUUGUAGCCCAAACUGGGACCCAAACUCCACUUCCAAGUAAUAAGAAGACGGGUAAGAAGAAAAAGUGGCAAGCAUAUAUCUGGUUAUUCUUUCGAGUUAAACCUGCAAACGCAUAUGAAAAGCCAAAAGAAAGCGAAGGCAACCUUCAAACCAAAACCAACAACAACACAAACCAACAACUCAAAACCAGAAACAACGCCAACAACAGUUAA